AUGCCUAUUAUUCACCAGAGGGAUUACCACUUAGGUCGAAUACCGCAAACUUUGUUAUCGGUGAUAGGAUAUUUUAUACUGGAGGAGGCGUUACAACUGAUCUAUUCUAUCUUGAACUUGGUCAGGGACCAUUCAAACUUACGGAUCCACCUUUUUACCUUAUAAGAACAGAUAUGCCAAACUUAUACGCAGAGUUUUAUGGAAAUGCUGUAGUAAUUGAUCAAACAGCUUUUAUAUUUAUGACAAAUGAUAAAGUGGUGUCUUAUGCACUAAUAAAACGUAACGAAACACAAAAUUCUAAUCUUUCUCCCGGCCGGGGAAGACCCCGGACUGUAGUGGAUAAAAAUGGAUUGAUAUACAUGUGGUUUACUCCUGAUAAAUAUUCUAGUAUUGAUAAUGCGGAUGAAAAUUUAUAUAUAUUUGACUCGGUUAAAUAUA